UCGGCGAAUGGCACACAAAAGCUGUGUAUGCGCUCUUUGUGCCAAAACACGCAGUGAGUGACUAUGAGACGGAUGUUUACAAAGAAAACUUUACAGUCUUAUGGAUCUCUUUUUACUACACAAAGGAUUGUAUUUUUGACACACAUUUUUGAGAAUAUUUUAUUUAGGCAAUUGUUCUUGAUGUUUUCCAGAAAGUUAGCCUCCUGUGUAUAAGGUGUUGAUGGUAGCUGACCGGUUUCCUACAGCCAUAGAUCGUAAUUCCUAAUCAGAUAAAGUCAUGGUGCUCAUUCUGGGUCGCCGCCUUAAUCAUGAGAACUCUGGUGGUGUACCAGAAUCUCCGGCAAUCAAGCGUAAAGUUUUUGAGAUGGACUCCAAGAACCUAAACGAGGUUUACAACUUCUCUUCCGGAUCUUCUCACUCCGAGACCGUCCUCCAGGUCUUCAACGAGUUCCGAGACAGUCGUCUCUUCACGGAUGUGAUCAUCAGCGUCCAGGGUCGUGAGUUUCCCUGUCACCGCGCCGUGCUGUCGGCAUGCAGCAGCUACUUCCGUGCCAUGUUCUGUAAUGACCAUCGGGAGAGCCAAGAGAUGCUGGUGGAGAUCAACGGCAUCCAGGCGGAUGCCAUGGACACGUUCCUGCAGUACGUUUACACAGGCCGUGCUUGCAUCACCACAAACAACGUCCAGUUCCUCUUCGAGACCUCCAGUCUCUUCCAUAUCGUCACUCUGCGGGACGCAUGUGCCAAAUUUCUGGAGGAGCAGCUGGACCCGUGCAACUGCCUUGGUAUCCAGCGCUUCGCAGAUGCUCAUUCUCUCAAACAGCUCGCCAGUCGUUGCCGUGGCUUCGCCCUGCAGAAUUUCCCAGAAGUGGCACAGCAUGAAGAGUUUCUGGACCUGCGCAAGGAUGAACUGGAGGAAUAUUUAGGUAGCGAUGAGCUGUCCGUUGGAAGGGAGGAGUUUGUGUUCGAAGCUGUGAUGCGUUGGGUCUACCACAAUGUAGAGUACCGCCGGCCUGUGCUAAAAGACCUGCUGCAACAUGUCCGACUGCCUCUCCUGCAUCCAAACUACUUUGUCCAGACGGUGGAAGGUGAUCAGCUGAUACAGAAUGCUCCAGAAUGUUACCAGCUGCUGCAUGAGGCACGUCGGUACCAUGUGCUUGGCAAUGAGAUGAUGUCACCACGUACCAGACCCCGCAGGUCGACAGGAUUCUCAGAGGUCAUCGUGGUGGUGGGGGGCUGUGAGCGGGUGGGCGGCUUCAAUCUGCCCUACACAGAGUGUUACGACCCAGUGACGGGAGAGUGGAAGUCUCUUGCAAAGCACCCAGAGUACACUAAAUCUGAGUAUGCAGUCUGUGCCCUCCGCAAUGACAUUCUUGUGUCAGGUGGACGCAUCAACACCACUUACGUGUGGAUGUAUAAUUCACAGCUCAACCUCUGGAUCAAAGUCGCUUCUCUGAACAAGGGUCGCUGGAGGCACAAGAUGACUGUCCUUCUGGGGAAGGCAUAUGCAGUUGGAGGUUAUGAUGGGCAGUGCUGUCUCAGUAACGUGGAGGUGUAUGACUCCUUCUCCAAUCGCUGGACUGAGGUCACCCCUAUGAAAGAAGCCGUAUACUCACCGGCGGUCACCAGCUGCGCGGGAAAACUCUUUGUGAUUGGAGGACAACCAAAUGAAAGCACCUGCUCCAAUAAGGUCCAGUGUUAUGACCCAGAGACUGACAGCUGGCAGCUGAAGGCAUGUGUUCCCUUCACCAAGCCCAAUAUUUCUGCCGUGUCUCUCAACAACCUCAUCUACGUCUGUGGGGGCCUUACCAAAGCCAUCUACUGCUACGAUCCUUCACAUGACCAGUGGAUGCAUGUGGUCAGCACCUUUAACAAACAGGAGAGUUGCGGGAUAUCAGUUUGCAAUGGGAAAAUCUUCAUCUUGGGUGGUCGAGGAGAGAACGGCGAAGCAUCCGACAAUAUCCUGUCCUAUGACCCUGCCUCUGGCAUCAUCACAGGCGUGGCUGCAAUGCCGCGCCCCAUCACCUACCACGGUUGUGUUACCAUACAGCGUUUCAGCGAGAAGCAUCGCAAACCCUGAUAGAACCCCCAAACACACGCAAGCUGGAUGUGUAAACUCAUUCUGCCAAUUAAGCACCACAUUUGUGCUGAAUAUCACACUAUUUGUUAUUUUUCUCUCAUAGAUACAAUUAACGUAAAUAUAUUCGUCUACAUUUUACUAAUCACAAUCACGAAGAAGCUAUUAAGAAGAUAAGUUAUCAGGGACACACCAGUUUCCUGGCAUUGGACGUUUCUGUGGAAUACAGAAAUGGGUAAAAAUAUCCUCUUCCUGCCAAGGAGGGUCAGGGAUUGUAUCAGAUAUCUGAUGGAGCCAUUGGGUUAUUUAGAUGCUGUCAUUGGGAUAGCCAUCACAUGAAACAGACUCCACGAAUGCCCACUUUAUGUUCACUUUAUACUUUCUCUUUUGUGAUUAACAACAUGUUUGUUUGGUAUUGUUUUACCUCUCAAAUCUAGAAAAACAAGAUUUCUUUUUAUUCCUAUUUAUGUCGGCCUUACUCAGAUACUUUACUGUAUUUUUAUGUGACUGUUACUUUUUGCUUAAUUUGUAGCAUCAAUCCUACAUAUAGACUUUGGUUGAUUUCUUGGUGUGGGGAAGUCUGCUAUUGUUUUGUGUAAACUGGUAAUAUUUGUGGUGGUUUUGUAUCUAAAACACUGACUCCUUGACGUAAUACGCUGACGUUAUAUUAUUUGGCUUUUGAACGUGCCAAAUGACAAAAAACACAAUUGCUACUUCACACUCGCUACCGGCGUUUUUUGAGCAACAUUGGUAAGCCUGAGUUCUCUCUAAAACUUGUUUUGGGUUCUCAGUGAACCGUACAGCUGUGAAUUUACAUGUUUUCGUCUGUGUGUCAAUUUUAUUUAAGAUCUCAAUAUUUUUAGUGUGACAACCACGAUGUGCCUUUCCGAUCAUCUUUUUUUUUUAUCAGAGCCCCAAUCGUGCACUUGUACGUGUUAGUAUUAGUAAUCUGCUGUGUUUUUGUAAAUACAUUUUUCUUUUUUGCAUUUUAUUUUGUGAUUGAUGAAUGAAUGAUGCUCGCAGUCGUUGAUUCUAUCAGAUGCGGAAAGUUGGAAACAUCUUGAGUGAUUUGACGCUUGGACUGAACAGAACGGUUAUGUUUUGCUAUAAGAUAACAGCAGACUCGUGCUGAAAACAGACAUCGGAAUCAUCUGGUAUCCGUUUCCAUUACUAAAAUGCUUUCAGAAAGCCCUGCAGCUCUUAAUGACAAAAUAUACGUGUGUCUGUAUAAAGGUAUUUCAAUAUUUCUGUAUACAUACAUGAUAUUGAUUCUUAUUACCUGAUGAACUGUCGUAAGCUUUUCAAAAUGUUCUUUUGCCCAUGUACUGUUGUACUGGUAUCCUAUGCUGGUUUUACUUUAAAACCAAACUUAAAAGUUGUGUGUCUGUGUUGAAUAUGGUAUUGGUAUUAUUUUUGUCCGAUUGUAUAUAACAUGUUUAUAUUUGCUCAGUGCUGUAGUUGGGUUUUUACUAAUGUUGCAUGGUGACAAAAUGUGGAUUUGUCAUGAGCAAACUAACUCAUGUUAGCCUAUGAGUAAUUGGUAUAAGAUCUUCUGAGUUUUGAGAUGAUGUCAUGUUUAGCAGGUUUUAUGCUUCCUGCUAGUCGGGUUCCAGUAGUGUGGAAACCAUCGACCGGUUGUUCACUACGGUUCCAAAGAACUUUUUGGAUGGAACACAAUAAUGUUAAUAAACUUUAAACUAUGUAAACAGGAAAAUGAAUAACCUUAUAUUUGCUUUAUUUUGUAUGUUAGUGCCUCAAUAAAGUUUUACUUUCAUACAUA